AUGGCCCCGCGUCAAUCCGUCCUCCCGCUCGCCUACCGAGCCUUCUUCCUUAUUAUCGAACCUAUAUCCGCCCUCGUAGGUGCCUUCUUUGCGCACUUCCGGCAAGAUGAAUAUCUCUCAAUGACAAUACAUACCGAGGCGUCGGUUUCUCUCGGGACGUCCGUCGUUCUCUCGCAGCUCGCCAACCUUUACUUGCUAUUCGCACUUAAUGAGGCCCUGGUAUUACGGUCUACGGGCGAUCUCCGGGUAUGGCGAACGGUGUUGUUCGUCUUAUUAGUCGCCGACUUCGGUCACCUCUACUCCGUGAGCGGGUUGGGAUCCUGGGUCUACUGGGACGUGACGCGUUGGAACGCUAUCGAUUACGGCAACGUCAUGUUCGUAUAUCUGGGCGCGUCGAUGAGGAUCGCGUUUCUCACCGGAGUUGGGCUAGCGGUAUCAUCACCCCCGAAGACGAAAAAGACGGCUUGA